AUGGCGGGUUCAUUUGGUCGUCCAGGCAACCGCACUCUCGGGUCCAGACUCUGGAGGAAUGCAGACAUCGGUUUUGCCAAUCAAGUAAACAACUCUCGCUGGGAUAAAUUUUGGCCCAAACAGCUGACUGUUCGACUCUUGCCAACCCAGCCCGAUUUCUGCCCAGACGGUCUUCUUCCGUUUUGUUCGCUCUGCGUUAUGGCCACGGCGGUUGGCCGCUGUUUCCGGCGCCGUUGGGGCGUAAUUUGUACCUUCUUUGUCCGACAAGACGGGUCUGUCUGCACAUCCCUUACCUCAGCCCCAUGA